GGGUCAAAUCAGUCCCAUUAGCCAUGUGAAGAAAUAUACUUUUCAAAUAUUGAUCAUUUAAUGCACAUCUCCUUCUCAGAGAUCCAGCAGACAAGCCUCGUCUUCCUCAAAGGUCUCCCACCCGAAAAUGGAGAGAAGUGUCUCUCCAAUGCCCACUCUUCUUUUCAUUGCAGCUUUCAUGGCUGCCUCUUGCUAUCCUUUAGAAGCAGCCGAUUCUAAAGGGUCUUUUGAAGAUAAUUUCAAUAUAAUGUGGUCUGAGGACCAUUUUACGACCUCCUCGGAUGGGCAGAUCUGGUAUCUCUCAUUGGACAAAGAAACAGGUUGUGGGUUUCAAACAAGGCAAAGAUAUAGAUUUGGGUGGUUUAGCAUGAAACUCAAGCUUGUCGGAGGUGACUCUGCCGGCGUAGUCACAGCUUACUAUAUGUGCACGGAAAAUGGGGCAGGGCCAACGAGAGACGAGUUAGAUAUUGAGUUCUUAGGGAAUAGGACCGGGCAGCCCUAUCUAAUCCAGACAAACGUGUACAAAAAUGGAACUGGGAACCGAGAGAUGAGGCACAUGCUUUGGUUCGAUCCCACCGAGGAAUUCCACAGCUAUUCCAUUCUCUGGAACAAUCACCAGAUUGUGUUUUUUGUGGAUAGAGUUCCGAUAAGGGUGUUCAAGAACAAUGGGGAAGAAAAUGAUUUCUUCCCGAACGAGAAGCCAAUGUACAUGUUUUCGAGCAUUUGGAACGCCGACGACUGGGCAACAAGAGGUGGGCUGGAGAAGACGGAGUGGAAGAAUGCCCCGUUUGUGUCCUCCUACAAGGACUUUAGCGUCGAGGCUUGCCAAUGGGAGGAUCCUUACCCUCCAUGCGUAUCAACCACCACUGAAAAUUGGUGGGAUCAAUACGAGGCCUGGCAUCUCUCGGAUUCCCAGAAAAUGGACUAUGCUUGGGUGCAGAGAAACCUUGUUAUUUAUGACUAUUGCAAGGACUUUGAUCGGUUCCCAAAACUGCCAGGGGAGUGUUCUUUGAGUCCAUGGGAUUGACGAGCAUUCAGUGAUACAGAGUUUUUUUUUUUUUUUUUUCAGUCUUCAAUUUGGAUGGGUAUAAGAUGCAUUUUUUGUUCUGUUUAUUGUAUCUGAACAUUAGAUUCCUAUCUAAUUCAAUUGAUUAUUUAUUAUAA